GAUUACUCGUCGUCGUCGUCGUCAUCGCCGUCGUCGUCGUCGUCGCCGUCACCAUCGCUGUCGUCGUCAUCGUCAUCAUCUUCAUCUUCGUUAUCGUCGUCGUCAGUUGUUCGCGCUAACGUCGCCGCGUUCUCCGCGUACAGCGUCGUCGACGUCGUCGUAACUGCCACCGCCGCCGCCGCCGUCGCCGCCGCCGCCGCCGCCGCUGCCGCCGCCGUCGUCGUCAUCGUGGGUGCCGCCACCAGUCCCGCCACUGCCACUACUGCCGUUUCCGACGCGAGCAUGUUCGUCGUCCGCGCUGCCAACGAGGCUUCCACCGCGACGGUCUAACCCCGUGAGGGUUCCUAGCACCCGCCGCCUUGUACCGAGCCCCGAUACAAGUCCAAUCGAUCGAGGAGGAACGGGGGGAGGCCCGUCUGAAGGCGUGAUACGUCGGUGCGCUCUCCGUAUACCCGUGGGUGGAAAUUGGGAUUUCCACCGUGGCCGCGCCGUCUCACAUCCGCGUCCGCGUGUACCUACACCCCGCCCCCCUUUUUCCUACCCUUUCCGUGUUGUUUCGCUGUCCCUUCCCGCCGUCACGGCCGCGAAGCGAUCUCUCGAUAGCUGAUAGAUCGGAUCCACGGAGUUCUUUCUUCGUCGAGGGCGAGGCGUGGAGCAGGUGCGAGACGAAACGAGUCGUGUCGUGAUAUAUCAUCGCUGGGCACAAUGGCUUGCGAAUUCUUUAAGCUUGAACGAUGGCCGAUUCACGCGGCUUCAAGUCAAUAAAUCAGCUGUGGCAGAGCGCGACGGAUCAGGAUUCGGAGUGUCUCUACGAGGAGAUCCCAGGCCGGUCCCAGGAUACGGACCGGCCGGCCGGUCGCGCCGUUCGGCAGCGGGGGGAGGAGGAAGAACAGCUGGAGGAGGAGGAGAACGUCGGCGGCAGCAGGAGAAGUCUCGACUUCGGGGUACAGGUUGGAGAUAGCGACUUCUGGGGUGCCAGGGAGGAGAUCGCCGUCGUCAGGAGUGGUACCAUCCCCCGUAGCAGGGCCGACGGCGGCGCAAGAUCGCGUAGCGGAUCGGCCGAUCGGCGGCCGUCGGAUCGGGCACGCCAGCGGGACGUCGUCGUCGUCAGGGUGGAGGAGGAGCGCUAUGCCGCGCGCAGGAGCCACGUGGAGUCCGGUACAGGCGCCGUACUGCCGCCUCCUGCGGCUACCGGCCACAAGCUGACCAGGGGGCGAGCGAGCGCUAGCAACACCGUCGCCCGGUACUUGCACUCGGCCAGCACCAACGCCUCGGCGGCGCACUACCAUCACCAUCAUCACGGGCAGCACGGUGGCCAGUAUCCCCCGAGCGGCAGGUCCGGCAGGCAGCACCGCCAUCAUCACCCUAGCCGCGGCUCGUACAGUAAUGAGACGCAGGAAGAGGUACAGGAGGACGAUGAAGCCACUCUACGGGAGUUGCUUGUAAGUCUGCAGAAACAGGUCAGCGUUAUGAGUAUGAACCUGAGUGCCAAGCUGGACGAGCUGCAGCGGGGUGACCGCCAGCUGGAGACCACCGUCGCUCUCUGCGAGAUCCGCACGCAGCUGCAGGAACUCACGAAGAGCGUAGAGUCUUGUCAGAGCGAGGUCAGCGAGGUGAAACGGGACAUGGUUACGAUUAAGCAAGAACUAGACACGGUACAGCAGGUCAAGGAAGAGAUAGAGGAAUUACGAGAGUACGUGAAUAGACUGGAAGAGCACUCCCAUCGGCGGAAACUUAGGCUCUUGGAGCAGGUGACUUCCGGUGUUAGACACAAUGGACUGACGCUUUUCCUGUCGUACGCGAUACUAGCAGCCGUAUUGGGAAUGUUGCAGUUUGGAUACAACACUGGAGUGAUUAACGCGCCUGAAGUGAACAUAGAGAAUUUUAUGAAAGACGUGUACAAGGAUAGGUACGGGGAGGAUAUUUCGGAUGAUUCUGUUAAGACGUUGUACUCCGUGGCCGUGAGCAUAUUCGCGAUCGGUGGUAUGGUGGGUGGUUUCAGCGGAGGGACAAUUGCCAACAGAUUUGGCAGAAAGGGAGGCUUACUGCUAAACAACGUGCUGGGCAUCGUGGGGGCGUGCCUAAUGGGUUUCACGAAACUUGCCGAGUCGUACGAAAUGCUAUUCUUUGGACGAUUCAUCAUCGGUGUCAAUUGUGGCUUGAACACCUCGUUGGUUCCCAUGUACAUAUCGGAAAUAGCGCCAUUGAACCUAAGAGGCGGCCUAGGCACGGUGAAUCAGCUCGCUGUUACGGUGGGCCUCCUGGUCUCCCAGGUGCUGGGCAUCGAGCAAAUCCUUGGAACAAACGAGGGUUGGCCCGUACUCUUAGGACUAGCUAUCUGUCCUGCCAUUCUACAGCUAUUGCUGCUUCCAGUUUGCCCGGAAUCUCCAAGAUAUUUGCUCAUUACUAAACAGUGGGAGGAAGAGGCUCGGAAAGCUUUGAGAAGGUUGAGAGCCAGUAACCAAGUGGAGGAAGACAUUGAGGAGAUGAGAGCGGAGGAGCGAGCUCAACAAGCUGAGUCCACGAUAUCGAUGACAGAGCUUAUAUGCAGUCCAACUUUAAGAGCACCUCUCGUUAUUGGUGUGGUUAUGCAACUUUCGCAGCAGCUUUCGGGUAUCAACGCCGUAUUUUAUUAUUCCACGAAUCUGUUCACUAGUUCUGGUUUAACGGACGAGAGUGCCAAGUUUGCAACCAUUGGCAUAGGUGCCAUCAUGGUUUGUAUGACGCUAGUGUCUAUCCCACUCAUGGAUAGGACAGGAAGGCGUACGUUGCACUUGUACGGUCUCGGUGGCAUGUUUAUCUUUUCAAUAUUCAUCACAAUUUCGUUUCUCAUAAAGGAGUUCUUUGGCUAUGUGCAGGAAAUGAUCGACUGGAUGUCCUACAUCUCGGUGGUGUCGACCCUGUGCUUCGUCGUGUUUUUCGCCGUGGGGCCCGGAUCUAUACCCUGGAUGAUCACGGCGGAACUGUUCUCGCAAGGCCCUAGACCCGCCGCCAUGUCCAUUGCGGUUCUCGUCAAUUGGAUGGCUAAUUUUUUGGUUGGCAUCGGUUUUCCAAGCAUGAAGACUAGCCUUGAAAAUUACACGUUCCUACCGUUCAGUGCAUUUCUAGCCAUCUUCUGGAUCUUCACUUACAAGAAGGUUCCUGAGACCAAGAAUAAAACGUUCGAAGAGAUUCUAGCUUUAUUCAGGCAUGGUAACGACAGGAGCAGCUUGCGGGACAGCAGACUUUAUGGUUGUGUUUGCAGCUGGAUCCGAGCGCUCUUCCGUCGCUCCCGCUCAGCCGGAGAGACCACCGCCCCCGCUUCCCCCGCCACGCUUUCCGAACAGCGGUGUCUGACAACGGGAAACAGCUCCUCUUAAUAUCGGUAACCUAGUGAUCAUGAACGCGCCGAUACCGCUGCCGCUGCUACUCACCACCAGCAGCCUCAGCCUGGAGACGCAGCUCUACGAGAUCAUCACCGAGAGCAGCAAGGCGUGCGCGGCGUUCCUGCGGCACAGCCUGCGCCGCGCGACCAGCCUCGGCUGGACCGCGACCGAGGGUUUCGACACGACGACGACGACGGCGAGCGACACGAUGUACUACAACGAGCACUGAGAAGGGAGACGCCGGGGGGAAGAACCGGGGAGAACCGGGAACGACGCGGUCAAGUGGGACACUCGCGAGGCGCAGCAUCCGCUGGAUCGCGGGUACGUCGAUCGAGGGAACGAGUGCUCCUCGUUGGUCGAUCGCGUCUCUCUCUGUCUGUCUGUCUGCCUGUCUGUCUGUCUGUCUGUCUCUCUGGGAGGGAGCUGAAUCAGCUCAACGAAGAGCACACGGGGGUCGAUCGGGGUAACCGUUGGGAGAUAUUGCCAACGAUUAUUAUGAGAAUAUACCUCAACAUUAUAUUAGGGUAAACGAGGCAUCGCGAUAUUUUCUCCGGUAACAAUUAACCGACCAGGCGUGACUCCUCGAUCGUUUGCGAGGAGGACGGCUACUAAACGACACGAUUGCUCGAGUGACUUGGGAGACGAUUGUCCAGGAUCAUAGUCGUUAAAAGGGUAUUCCAAUGCCGCGCUUACGAGAUCAAGACCCCUCCCCGAUCGAGCCUUCGUCUCGAAGCGUGCUCGGGCGACGAGACAAAUUGAUUCGGGCCUGGAAUGUUUCGAAUAAUAAGAUAAUUAUGGCGGGGUGAGCCUCUCUAUCUCGAGGGGACGACGCGAGGGCGGGAUGCGAGACGGUUCUCCUUUCCGGAGAACGGAGAGAGACCCCCUUUUACCUUAAGGUCCUCCCCUGAAUCGGAUGAAGACACCGGUGCGUAAACGUUAAGCGAGCGACGAUGGAACGAGCGCGCGCGCGCGCGCGAAUCGAGAUAGCUUAACCGAAAUUGUUGCGAAAGUGAUUUGUGCCUAGACGAGUACGCUGUGGGAAGAGGGAACGUGAUUAUAAUCGCGAGAAUCGCCGCACUACACGCGCGAGUGCACUCGGGACUCCGAAGGAUAUCGAAACGUAAUUAAUCCACGGUGGACGCGAGGGGGGGGAGGGUGGCGGUCAAGCAAAAAGCCCGAUUCAUCCCCUUCCUCCCUCCCCAACUCCGUCGUCGUAAACCCCCUUCGUCCGCGAAGGAGCGAAGGAGGGAGAAAAAAACGUGUAUCUUAUAUAUAUCUUCACUUUUAUAUCAUUAAUUUUCUAGGACUCAUGUCGGGACUACGUGUCGUUUUUGUAUCACACUGUCCUCCAUACGAUUCAUCGCACCGUGUUGUGUAAUUAUUAGACUGUGCGCUGUUACUUCCGCGACGACGACGAUGACGACGGUGACGACGACGACGGUGUACUACUGUGCGCGCGACUGCCAUAAAUCAGCGACUUAAAAAAAAAAAAAGAUUACGAGCUGCCCUCGAGACACUGUGAUAUUUUCUUUUCGUCAUUCCCGGCGCUCGAUUCCGGAAUUAACGAGAGCGAGAGUACGCGCUGUAAUCGCCGGAGAGGCGGAAGUACAUAUUUCGAAUUCGUUCGCUUUUCGCGAAAGGAAUAGUCUCAAUUAAUUUAAAACGAGCGAACGACCGAGCCCUUCCCUUUCCGAUGAUCCGAACGUUUUAGAGGAGAUUCGAUUAAACCGACCGACGGGGAAAUUUGUCGUUCAAGGGUGCUUCGGGGAGACCGGGGAAUUAAGAGGGAUCAAAACGAAUUUCUGCUCCCAUUCCCCCUCUCGAUCCCUCUUAAUCUGCCUAUCUUAUCGGAAAGUCCGCUUUGGGGGGAAGGCCAGCGAUUUUUCCGUUGAAAUCUCCGGGAGACAGGAAAAGGGAGAUAACUUGCCUUCACAAGUCGCGGUGUGUAACAGCGCGUUAACGAACAAGUACUAGCGACUUACUCGUAUCGAAGAUUCUCAGAUUGGGCAUCGACGACCAACCGCAUUAAUUUAAUGUCAAAAGGAUUUUUAAAAAAAGAAAAAAGAAACGGAGAAUUUAGCUUUCGAUUAGCCGCAAUCUCAACGACGUUCGCGAUCACGUCGUCGGACUCAUACGGUGCCUCUCGACCGCAGUAUAAUUGUCUCACGAACCAAUCAGCCAUAUUUUAUCUCAUGAUAACGCAGGGUACACUACACGCUUCGGCCCCAAGCGGACGUGUCGAUUCCUCAAUCGCUCGUUGAAUAUCUUCAAAUAUAUUUUCGAGCCGCUCGAAAUCGACGGAUCGGCAACAAAUCGACGUUAAACCAAGGAAGAAAGCGGAUCCGCCGAAACGUCUCUUUCUUCAAGAAUCCUACGCGAAUUAGCUUCGCUGUCAAAAUUACAAUCUGGAACCUUGGAUUUCAAUCACCGCGCGAAUUCGCGAUCGCCGAUGCGUCUCGACCGCGACAGGAAUCGACACCUUCCCGGCCGAAUCCGGAAAAUCAAUAACCAGCAGCCAGUCUGCGCAGAGGCAUGCCUUUUCUUACUCCAUCAUUUUGACCUUUCUUCCUACCCUCCACCCUUAUCGAUCUUUUUAACGGAAGUGCACGCGAUUCGAUAUUUCGGGAUACAUACUCAGCGGGAGAUUCCUCCCUACGUGCUGUACAUACGUGUGUAUAUACUUGUAUACUUCUACUUGAGAGACGUCGCUGGAUCACACAGCAAGUGUAUGAUAAUCCUGUAUAACCGGAAAUAUAUAUAUAUAUAUUAUUAACUUCGUUUCCCGCUAUAAAGUAGCAUUAUCGACGAGCGAGGACGGAACGAGGACGGGCAUAUAUCUCCAUUGAUUCAGAAUCGUUCUAGAUCCUAAAAAAGAAGAGAGAGAGACAAAAAAAAAACACACCACGAUGGAGAUACCGACGUCAACAUCGGUGCGCGAGCAUCGUGACUCCUUCGAGAAGCCCCCCUUUCUUUUCGCGAACAGCACGAACCAACGGAAUCGGCGGCGAUUGCAUCCCGUCACUGUGUGGCUUCUAUCGUUUGUCGUUUUACGUUGCAUACGAGGCACGGAUGACUUACCCCCGUCGCUUUUCAACUCGACCCGCAGCACGAAUGAAUCUAGUCACCCCGAACCGAUAGUCCAGCGACAGGUAGAUUCCUCGCGUUAGCCUUGCAUCCUAGAGAUCGGACUAUCUGGCAAAAAAUCGAAAGAAACCGGCGGUUAUUCAUCUUGCACAGUUGUGAGUCACGAAUCAUCGAAAUCGGAGAUCGGUUUGAAAGGAUCUCUCCUUUCUUCAUAUAUCUUCUCUUUUGAAUUCGUCUGACGGAACAAUUUGGUUUUUCGAAAAAAAGCAGUCCCUUUUCGUUUUGUAGACUUUCACAGAAGGAACAAAAGGCUUUUCUUUUUUAAAUUUAACAGCGUAAAUAAUACGAAUGUUAAACAAGGGAGGGAACAAAAAGCCAAACAGCUGAUCCUUGAUUUCGAUGAUUAGCAUUUUAAAUUCUACAAAAUAAAUCUUCCCGAUGAUUCCUUAUAGAGCAGUUCAACUUGCGGGUAAACAUGGCUUGAAUCGAUAUGCUGUUUCGAAUGUCGCGACGUAAACGCAAUAUAAUAUUUAGGAUAGAGAGAUUAAAAAAAAAAAAGACGGAAUGAGAAAAACAAGAUCCAGACGAAAUUACGUGCAAACGAUAUCAUUCGAACAAGCAACCAAGGAAGUUUUUAAUUAUAAGCUGUCCAAAACAUACAGAAUCAGUGAGAAAGGCAAUAAAGCUAUAAUGAACUGAAAAAAAAAAGUUAUGAUAAAGUAGAUCUCCUUGCAUUAUUGAGUAUUAUCAGAGAAUUCAAAAUACUAUAUUAAUUAUCGAUAAAGCUAGGCUAGAAGCGCAUAAUACAUUAUAGAAACUAUAUAUAGCUACUAGGUAAUAGUAGCACGGCGUAAACAAGCUAACUAAUAUAAUUGGAAACUUCAGCGAAACAGGCGAAUAAACUCUCUCUUUCUCUCUUCCUCUUUCUCAUCUUUCACAUCUUUGCGAUGACUGUACAAUUACGUCGUGGACCGCGAGUAUACUUAAUGCCAUUAUAUUUCCAUCGCAUCCAGUUUAUAUCAAGCGCCCGGGUGAUAUGCGAUUAAUUCGGCUCGAACCGGUCGAGGCUCCUCGGCACCCGACGCGAAUCUUUGCGUUACAGUCGCUGAACGACAGACAAAAUUCGAACGCGUUUGAUAUCGCGGCCUAUAAAAAUUCGACUCGUCUGCGCUGCGCGACAGCAACCUGUGAGACAGCCUUCUUUCGAUCACCACACCUCACCAAGAGAAAAGGCAUGCUGCGAUAUGUGUUCACAAAAGACAGAUCACAUUGGCAUCAAAAGAAAAGGAAGAAAAGGGGAUAUAUCAUUUACACGCGCGGCAAUUUUUACCCUCGAGAUGCAGUAUGCCGUAUAAUAUAAAAUAAGUUCACCGCGAGAUCUGUAAGCGAGUUACGAAGGGCGCUUUCCGUCCGCGUGGCGUACGGUAAAACCGCCUGUCUAACUUUCGUCUUUCGGGAGAACGUCUUCAGCGGAAAGGCCCUUCUUAGCCCUUACGCGAAAAAAAAAAAACAAUUCACGUAUCUGUAACUGACUCACAUAUAAUAACUAUAAACAAAUAAUUCGUUUCUAAAAGAAUUGUAAUAACGUAUACAUAUAUACAUAUAUGCAUAUAUUAUAAAGACUACUUUUUAAACGCGAAGCCCUAAUAAUGUAUUUCGCACUCAUCACGACUUUGAUAAAGAAAAAAAAGAUAAGCAAUGACCGUAUUAAUGGUUUCAAGCCAAUUAUUAAAAACUCAUCGAGUCUUAUAACAUUAUAGCCUUCGAAGAAAGCAACAAAAACGAAGAGGAAAAAAAAUAAGAUAAACGAGAAAUUUCGAACAGUCCAAAAAGUAAGUGAUUACAAUAACGAUUUGUAAAAUAAGCUCACUGCCACUCAAACGAUGCGCCCUUUAGGCGGGCGCCAAUAUUCUAAGGGUGCGUUUGGGAAGACGCUAUUAGCGCUAUCAGCAUCAGUCUAUCUUUAUUACUCAUUAAAAGUUGAACAAAGAUAGACUGAUGCUGAUAGCGUUAAUAGCGUCUUUCCGAACGCAUUCUAAGAUGUGAAUGUGUACAGUUAUGUGAAAAGUAUAUUAUAACGUAAUUAUAUUUACAUAUAAUAUUAAUUAGCAUUAUGUAAAACUACAUAGCAUAUAACGAUACUAAGAGUGGUAUACAUACGUAGGAUAUAGAUAACAAGGAAUAAAAAAAAUACAUAUUGAUUGCAGAGCUAAAGGAAAAAAAACGUUUACGUGCCCAUUCAUUUGUAUAUUAUAAUAUUAAAAGUUAGCACCAACAUUAGGGUAUCGAUCAUGUAAUUUUUUCCCUAGGGCGGAAACGUAAAAAGUUAAGUUUCAAGUUACUGUCUCUUUUUAUUCAACACAAUAGAAAGAGAUAGUUACACGAAACUUUUCACUUUUCACGUUUCCGUCCUAAAGAAAAAGUUACAUAAUUGUUGCCCAGUUCUCUCCGCUAACCGAUAAUCGUCAAGUUCGAUUUAUACUUUCUUUUCGUCGUCUCACUACCGUGUAAUUAUAAGUUCAUUGAGAUUCAAAGCGUCAUCAUUAAUCGAAAUCUGACGGGAUCUAGUUGUGUAUUCAAUUAGCUUUCUAUCUUCAUCGGCAGUGUCAUGUGAUAUGAUAUGUUGUUUCGGAUUAAUGUACGGUCCGAUACUUUGCAAUUUUUCUGUCAUAGAACGCGCAAGAUUCUGUGCAAUUUGCAUUUUUAUUAAAUGUUAUGUAACUGAAUUCUUUUUAUAAAAGCCCUUACAUUCUCUGUGAAAA